AAAAUAUUAACCCUAAAAUAUUUUAUAAUUAAUUAUACAAUUACAAUCAUGUUAAAUUUUUUAGAAUUUUCUGAAAAAAAAAAUAAAAGUUUUAUUUCCUCAAAAACACAAAGAGACAUAAACGCUUUGCAGACAAGCUCGAGUUGUGGGGAAACGUGAUCUGUUGCCUGUGGCUCUGCUUCCCACAUAAGUUAAGAAGUCGAAAACAAACAGAAGAAUGGUACCCGUAUCUUUAUUGCGAUUCACUCCAUUGUCAAUGGCACAUCAGAUUCAGUGUGGAAUUGAAUAUCUGCUUCUGUGGAAGUCUACAAUCAUUUUCUUACUUCUUUGCUCCCACAAGGAGAAGAGGAAUCUCAGGAGUUUCAGAGAUGCUUUGUUCAGUUCCAAUUCUACCACUAUCUCCUCUGAACCCUCAAUUUCCUUCCAAUUCUUCAUUUUCGAACUAUUCAAGGUUUCUUCAUGGAAAGCUCAAAUCAGACUUCAAACGGCGGUCCAUGGCAGCUGAAUCCGAACCCUCUUCCUUCAUGCCGUCUGUUGAUUCCAAUUCUCCUGACAAGAACGCUGCUGGGAAUUUGUAUAAAAAGAGAAACUGGAAGAUAUAAGAGCUUUCUGGCAGGCAUAAAAUUUCUCCUCCAUAUGCAAGGAAACUUUUGUAUCAUAGAAGGACCUGAGACGGUGCAAGACUUCGCCAAAAUGGAACUGCAAGAAAUUCUGGACAAUAUACGGAGCCAUCAAAAUAAAAUCUUCCUGCACAUGGAGGAGGUUCGUCGGCUAAGGAUUCAACAGAGAAUUAAAAAUGCUGAGCUUGGAAUCCUAAAGGAAGAGCAAGAAGAUGAACUUUCUAAUUUCCCAUCGUUUAUUCCAUUUUUACCUCCCUUGAGUUCAGCCAAUCUCAGGGUGUACUAUGCUAUUUGUGUCUCUAUAAUUGCUGCGGUUGUCAUUUUUGGUGGCCUUCUUGCACCAACUAUGGAGCUUAAAUUGGGAUUAGGGGGCACAUAUUAUGCAGAUUUUAUUCGUAAUGUGCAUUUGCCCAUGCAAUUAAGUCAGGUUGAUCCCAUAGUGGCAUCAUUCUCAGGGGGCACAAUCGGGGUGAUCUCAGCCUUGAUGGUGGUUGAAAUUAACAAUGUUAAGCAGCAGGAGGAUAAACGAUGCAAAUACUGUCUUGGAACUGGAUAUCUUGCGUGUGCUCGCUGUUCAAGCACAGGAUCUCUUGUUCUUAUUGAGUCGGUUGCUACAGUUAAUGUUGGUGAUAAGCCUUUAUCACCACCUAGAACUGAAAGAUGUUCCAACUGUUCAGGGUCAGGAAAGGUUAUGUGUCCUACAUGCCUCUGUACAGGGAUGGCAAUGGCAAGUGAACAUGAUCCAAGGAUUGACCCAUUCGAUUAGAGGUGCAUUUUCCUCUCUGAAUUUUGUCAAGACAGAUUUAGAUGUCAACUGUCUCAAAUAUGUAUAAUUGAAACUGAAGCACUCUUCUACAUGUUAAUAGCUUUGUUCAAGAUCAGUAAUACCGAAAUGUCAAUAUUUUACAUGAA